AUGCAAGGCGAAACCAAAAGAAACCCUCAAUCCUCCUCACUUGAAGAUAAGAUAUCUUUCUUAGAGACGAUCAUCGGCGGAUUGAAAGAAGAAGUAGAGGGUAAAUCCAAGAAAGUUACGAGCGAAAGCAAUGCAAAAAGACCAACGAAGGUAACGAGAGCAAAGUCGGAAGAGACCAUCGAGUCGGCUGAACCCACUGCGAUCGAUCUCGUCUUCAAGCACGACGAAAAGGGCAUUCGGCGUAUCUUCAAGGAGGCUGUGAGACGUUAUCCGCUUUAUGAGGGUGGGCGUCCCGAACGCUGCAAUACGCUGCCAGUUCCUAUGUUCAAUAUGCAUAUCUGCAAUAGAACCGGCUGGGAAAGGAUGUUAUACAGUAGGAUUUCUCAUAUGUAUCAUCAGGUUCCAUCAUGGAAGAGGAGUAAUCGCAGGUUAUUGUACGUUCCAGGAUGUACUGUCUUUGUCGACGAUCAACGAGCGGUUGCCUGGUUGCCAGCGACUCAACACAACACGCAACAAAAUUUCUCUCUCAAGUCUCUCUUCGAGACAUUCUAUGACGAGACAAUAGAGCUUUUUUAUGAUAAUGGUUUGUCUAGUGGAGGGAGCGUUUUCUACGCGGGGACUUAUCGGUGUCAUUCUCUCAACGAUUUGGUACAUCCGCUGGGGUUUCUGCAAGCUGGCAUCGAAUCCCGCUACAAGGACACACCCUGGACUCUUACCUACGCGGUCAUAAACUCUCAGGAGCGUGCGUUUAGUCAAAGGUUGGCAACAAGUAACUUGGCGCGACUCAUUGCUAUUGGUGAUAUAACAUUCGAUUUCGUUGCCCUUCAAUGUGUCGGCUUUGAUAUGAGUCUUUACCAUGCCCUGACUAGGCAUCAGGAUAGUAGGCUCGGUUCUGGACAUGUGCAGGAAGCACAAGAAGAACCUGCAUCGCAAGGCAGUUCGACAAGGAAACGUCGUCGAGAAGAAGUCACGUCGGAUGAGGACGACCCGGACAGAGAACAAUCUUUCGAGCGAAAAGUCUGUGAUAGAAAAGGGAAAGGAAGCACUUCCAAACGUCGCCACCAGUGA